AGCUGAGUUGAUGUAUGUACGCUACGGAAAGCAAUGUCAAACGAUCGCGAGGAUGUGAAAAUCAGAAACAGACCAUGGAGAAGCUCCAGGUUAUCAUCGGUAUUGUCGGGUUUAUCCUUCAGGAGAAAACACGAAUCCAGAGAAGUGUCAACCCCUUGCGGCUUUGUGAAAUGUAACCUUGACCUGAGGAACUUGGAGAUUGAUCUACAGAACUGUCCAUUUGACGUGACAGGUUAUGGACAUUUGAUACUGAAGGACCAAUUUCGAAUGGGGAAACAGAAGAAGAAGGUUGUGGUGUUUCUGUUUGAGAAUUUCGUCAUUUUCAAUACGUUGUUGCAAUUGAUGGAGUAGACUGUGUUGGUUAAGCCAAGCAGCGGGACUUAGUCUUUCAUUUUU